CGCCUCCAGCUCCCUCAGCCCGCCCGGCCUUUGCAGCGGCACCGCCUUGGCUUCCUCCGCGGCCGCCGGAGCGGUCGCCAUGAACCCCAGCUCCUCGGCGGGAGAGGAGAAAGGGGCGACGGGUGGCAGCAGCAGCAGCGGAAGCGGCGCCGGGAGCUGCUGCCUAGGCGCCGAGGGCGGUGCGGACCCGCGGGGUGCAGGGGCAGCGGCUGCUGCCGCCCUGGAGGAGCCCGCGGCCGCCGGACAGAAGGAGAGGGAAGAGGCGCUGGAGGAGAAGCUGAGGGACUUAACUUUCCGGAAGCAGGUCUCUUACAGGAAAGCCAUCUCCCGGACGGGCCUCCAGCAUCUGGCGCCUGCACAUCCUCUCGGCCUUCCUGUGGCUAACGGUCCAGCGAAGGAGCCUAGGGCCACUCUGGACUGGAGCGAGAAUGCUGUGAAUGGGGAGCACCUGUGGCUGGAGACCAACGUCUCGGGUGACCUCUGCUACCUGGGGGAGGAGAACUGCCAAGUCCGAUUUGCAAAAUCCGCUCUCCGGAGGAAGUGUGCGGUCUGCAAAAUCGUGGUCCACACUGCCUGCAUUGAGCAACUAGAGAAGAUUAAUUUCAGAUGUAAGCCAACAUUUCGGGAAGGAGGCUCCAGAUCACCAAGAGAAAACUUUGUGCGUCAUCACUGGGUCCACAGGCGGCGGCAGGAUGGAAAAUGUAAGCAGUGUGGUAAGGGCUUCCAGCAAAAGUUCUCCUUCCACAGUAAAGAGAUCGUGGCUAUCAGCUGUUCUUGGUGCAAGCAGGCGUUUCACAAUAAGGUGACCUGCUUCAUGCUGCAUCACAUCGAGGAACCCUGCUCCCUGGGGGCCCACGCUGCUGUUAUUGUCCCUCCCACCUGGAUCAUUAAGGUGAAGAAACCUCAGGUGAUCUCCAUACCAGGAGAUGAACUUGAACUUGGUUGGGCGGGAGACGGACCUGGUUGGGCGGGAGACUGGAGCCCCUCAGAGAAUUUGGGAUUCUUCCAUUUUUACUGGGAGGGUUGGCAGAACUCCCUGAAGGCUUCCAGUAGGAAGAAGAAAAGAACGAGCUUUAAAAGAAAAGCCAGUAAAAGAGGAACCGAGCAGGAAAACAAAGGUCGUCCUUUUGUGAUCAAGCCCAUCUCCUCUCCUCUCAUGAAGCCUUUGCUUGUGUUUGUGAACCCAAAGAGUGGAGGCAACCAGGGAACCAAAGUCCUCCAGAUGUUCAUGUGGUACCUGAAUCCACGGCAAGUCUUCGAUCUUUCUCAGGAAGGGCCAAAAGAUGCGUUGGAGUUGUACAGGAAGGUACCAAAUCUGCGAAUUCUGGCCUGCGGUGGGGAUGGAACGGUGGGCUGGAUCCUUUCCAUCCUGGAUGAGCUGCAGCUGAGCCCACAGCCUCCUGUGGGGGUGCUUCCACUGGGGACUGGGAAUGACCUGGCUCGGACGCUCAACUGGGGAGGGGGCUACACCGAUGAGCCUGUUUCUAAGAUCUUGUGCCAGGUGGAAGAUGGGACUAUUGUACAGCUGGACCGCUGGAACCUCCAUGUGGAGAGAAACCCAGACUUGCCACCAGAAGAACUUGAAGAUGGCGUGUGUAAGCUUCCCCUGAAUGUCUUCAAUAAUUACUUCAGCCUCGGAUUUGAUGCUCACGUCACCCUGGAGUUCCACGAGUCACGAGAAGCAAAUCCAGAGAAAUUCAAUAGUCGUUUUCGAAAUAAAAUGUUCUAUGCAGGGGCAGCCUUUUCUGAUUUCCUACAGAGAAGUUCUAGGGACUUAUCCAAACACGUCAAAGUUGUUUGCGAUGGGACAGAUCUCACCCCAAAGAUCCAGGACCUGAAGUUCCAGUGUAUAGUAUUUUUAAAUAUUCCCAGAUAUUGUGCUGGCACAAUGCCUUGGGGAAACCCUGGAGAUCACCACGACUUUGAACCCCAGCGUCACGAUGAUGGCUACAUUGAAGUCAUCGGAUUCACCAUGGCCUCUUUGGCUGCCCUGCAAGUUGGGGGCCAUGGAGAAAGGCUGCACCAGUGUCGGGAAGUGAUGCUUCUGACUUACAAGUCCAUCCCCAUGCAAGUAGAUGGGGAGCCGUGUAGGUUGGCACCCGCCAUGAUUCGGAUCUCCUUGAGGAAUCAGGCCAACAUGGUACAGAAGAGCAAGCGGAGAACCUCCAUGCCUUUGCUCAAUGACAUCCAUCAGGUGCAAGCUGCGGACCUGCGGCGGGUGUCUGCUCCCCCCGGCUCCUUUACCAUUCCCCAGUCUGUCCCAGAUCGCCUGAGGAUCCGAGUGAACAAAAUCAGUUUACAAGACUAUGAAGGACUCCACUAUGACAAAGAGAAACUCCGGGAAGCGUCCAUCCCUCUGGGUAUUCUCGUUGUUCGUGGAGACUGUGAUUUGGAGACCUGCCGUAUGUACAUAGACCGCCUACAGGAGGACUUGCAGUCUGUUUCUUCUGGGUCACAGAGAGUUCAUUACCAGGACCAAGAAACCUCCUUCCCCAGGGCGCUCUCAGCUCAGAGGCUGUCCCCUCGGUGGUGCUUCCUAGAUGCGACUUCCGCUGACCGCUUUUAUCGAAUAGACAGAUCUCAGGAACAUUUGCACUUUGUGAUGGAGAUUUCUCAUGAUGAGAUUUUUAUUCUGGACCCAGAUAUGGUGGUGUCACAGCAGGCAGGGACCCCUCCAGGAAUGCCUGACCUGGUGGUUGAACAGGCCUCAGGGCUGUCUGACUGGUGGAACCCUUCCCUGAGGAAACGCAUGCUGAGUGACAGCGGGCUGGGGAUGAUCACACCCCACUAUGAGGACUCAGAUAUGAAAGAUCUCAGUCACUCCAGAGUACUACAGUCACCAGUCUCUUCAGAAGAUCAUGCAAUUUUGCAGGCAGUAAUAACCGGUGACCUUAUGAAGCUCAUAGAAAGCUAUAAGAACGGAGGCAGCUUGUUAAUUCAGGGACCAGACCACUGUUCACUCCUUCACUACGCAGCUAAAACCGGCAACGGGGAGAUUGUGAAGUACAUCCUUGACCAUGGACCUGCAGAAUUAUUGGAUAUGGCAGACAGUGAAACGGGCGAGACCGCACUGCACAAGGCUGCCUGCCAACGGAACCGGGCUGUGUGCCAGCUUCUGGUGGACGCAGGAGCAUCUCUGAGACAGACAGACUCCAAGGGAAAGACACCCCAGGAACGAGCACAGCAAGCCGGGGACCCAGAUUUGGCUGCUUAUCUAGAAAGCCGACAGAACUUUAAGAUCAUUGGCCACGAGGACCUGGAAACUGCUGUUUGACCCUGGGUGACAGGCACAAAGAACUCGAGCAAGCGUAUCACCUAUGCCCUCCCGGCCACUGGGCAGCUCCUCUGGAAGAAGCUAAUGGAAUUCGUAUUGGCCUCUCUCCCACAAGGCUCUAUCUGAGACCACACUACCAGGUUUAAGGGCUACCGGGAUGUACAACAGGACAUGAUAGCCCAUUGAGAAGGAGGCAGGCCGCCUGGAGAUUUGUGGAGUACGUGUUCCACAAAAUUUGAUCCUUAUUGCUUCCAGCAAGUAGCAUGAACUUCUGCGUUCACCUGUCUAAUUUAUUUCAAAGAUUCUGAGGAUGUUCACAUAAAAUGGCACUGCUCCCUCCUCCCUCUCUGCAUUCAUCUUUCCCUUGUACCACAUAACCUUACUGUAAUCACCCAUCGAUUUAGAAAAUAUACUAUCUCCUCUCCUUA